UGUAGGAUGUUCUCGUCAGUGAAGGCUUUCGAGGGGCAGCAGUACUCCACCCUGAAGAGGCAGUGCCUUGCCAGCGGCCUUCUGUUCGAAGACCCACACUUCCCAGCCUUGGACGACACCCUCUUCUACCAGGGCAAUAGGAUUGGACGCGUGCACUGGAAGAGACCCCAGGUGAGGGAGCUUUCUGGCCUACUACUACUACUGCUACUACUACUACUACUACUACUACUACUAAUACUACUACAACAAUUUUUAAGACAGAUUGUUUGGGAAAUUUAUUUUUUUAUAAUUUCAUUCAUGCUUUAUUUGGAAAGGGACAUAUUCAAGGGCAACAGGAUUGGACGCGUGCACUGGAAGAGACCCCAGGGGAGGGAGCUUUCUGGCUAUCACACACUACUAUUACUACUUCUUACACUACUAUAAAAAUGCUUUUUAAGACAGAUUUUUUAGGAAAUUUCAUUUUUCUAAUUUCAUUCACGUUUUAUUUGGAAAGGGACAUAUUCAAGGCUCUGAUUUGGACAGGGACCUACUCAAGGUUUUGAUGAAGGCGAUUUAUGCCGAAACGUAAGCCUUUUGUUUGUUUGUCCCAUCAAUAAAUCUAUCAGAUUUACACAGAUACAGAGUGCUCCUUUUUCUUUAUUCUCCCGGAGUCACAAGUUGAAGUACCCUGGGGUAAGGAAUGUUUUUUGGACAUAUACAGUGAAUAAAGACCUUUCCAAUGCAUUGCACAUUAGUGUGUUUAGCUCACGCUCAUUUUUAACAGCUUAACACACCCUCACUUCCUGUGUGAAACCACAGACUAAAACUGUGAAGAAAAAAUAUAAAUAAAAAAAAGAAGGAGAAGAUAGUCGCUGAAAUAUGACAAUCAAUAUGCUAAAGAGAAGCACCGUCUUGUAGCGGCUAAUGGCUGGUGCCUAAGGCCAGACAAAGUGUUAGGAAGUGUCCAAGUCAAUUAUCCCUCCCUCUCUCCUCCUUCCCAAACCCUUCUCCCCCCUCUUCUCUUCUCUUCCCGCCCAGAGCGCCGCUUAUUCCAGAGUCUUGGAGCAGCUAGAAAUGGGAAGUGUGGUGCGGCACGGCAUCCAUUAGCCAUAACAGUAGCCAUUCCACUCGCAAUCUUCCUUCGUUGUCAUCACGCAUUUCUCACUCUUUUUUCCUCACUCUUUUUUCUCUCUUUUAUGGUGGUUGUUUUUCUUUUCAUGGUUUUGAUGCUUUUCUUUGUUUCUCGUUAUUUCAGGCAAUUUUAGUUGAGGUAUUUCAGUAUUCAGGUAUUUCAGUUAUUCAGGCAAGAUGCUAAUGGUCUGAAAUAUGCUUCCCCAAUAUUUCAGGCAGUUGCAGUUGUAAUUUCACGGUUUUAAUGUGUAACAGAUAGUGAGAAGAGGUGGGUAAAAACAGUGAUUUUGUUAUUAGAGUACACAUCCGAACCAUCAACUUAUACAUUUUAAGUUUGUUCACAGACUUUUGGCAAUGAGUGAGAUGAACUUCCCCAGAGUCAGAUGAACUUGUGGAUACCAUUUUUAUGUCUCAGUGUCCAGUAAGAAGGAAGUUAAAGGUAGUUUCACAAGCCAACGUUAACUAUCGUUAGCGCAAUGACUGGAAGUCUAUGGGUAUCUGCUAGCAUGGGGAAGGCUAGGGGAUUGGGAGGGCGGGGGGGUUUUGGGGGAAUGUAAGGGGAGACUCAGGGGAUGGAUGCUGGGAGGGCGACUGAUAAGCACCUUUGGUUGCUGGGUGGGAUGGGUUGUGGUUGGGUUGGGGUUAUCUUUGUCUGCAUUUCUUUGAUUGUUUUUGUACCUAUAACCCCCCCCCCCCCCCCCCCCCCCCCCCCCCCCGAAGAAAAAUGACGAAACUAAAUAAAAAAGUAUGUCAGAAAAAAAUAUAUUGGAGUAAAACAGCAUUUAGUGCUACGCUUUUUUAAACGGCACUUGGGUAUGUUUAUGGCCACAAGUCAAGACAGCAGAGCAUGCAGGCAUAAAUAAGAGGCCUCUAUAAAAUGCUCCUCUCUCUCUCCCUUCUCUCUCGACCGGCUCUUUUGCUCUCGGCUCUCUCACUCUUGUCUCUCUCUCUCUUGUCUCUUUCGCUCUUGUCUCUUUCUCUCUCUCGGCUCUCUCUACUGCCAUCCCUCUCAGCCUUCUCUCCCUACUACAUCCACUCUCUGGCCUACAGAUUAGUUGUGUCUAUGGCAUGACUGACGAGCAAUAAAAAGACAGAACCCAUUUAUCUGGGCUCGCUUCGCUGUCCUCCCAAGCCAAACCUAUCUGGGCUAAAUGAGCUCCCUGAUCGUUGUGGCAGUUUGAUUGGUCUUGUCUGACCGUCAUCGACUAACCUGGUGCUACAACUCUGGCGGUUGGGCGGCGACUGAUUUGGUCACAGAGGUACUAUGAAGCGGUGUGGCAGCUCUUCAGUACAAGGUCAAUUAUUUGGUUAGCCACCGCCAGUAUUAGCCAUGACACCAUUAUUUUUUACCCUGUAGGGAGACAGACAGAUCAGUAGGCUAUUUUCUUUACAGCCGGGCCAAUCCACCCAACAGAUAUUGGGAGUGAAUAUUGGAAGUGAACACUUUACUCUGUAAAAUGGCCUGUUCCAGCUAGCACAUAACGUUCUGAGAACCAUAUGUUUCUUAGAGCUUGGUGAGAGCGUGGUUGUCAUAUGGUUAUUUUGCAUACAAUCAUCCCACAACUUUCUGGGAAGGGUUCAGGAUAGUUGCUUGACUUUGGAACAUUCUCAGCACAUUUAAGGAACUUGACAAAAAAUCAUUACUUUAUUACUUUAACAGAACGUUUCCUAAAAGUUCAAACAUGGUUACAUUUUAAUUUAAUUGUUUGUAAUGUUCUAGGAACGUUCUUCAACUGGUUUAACAUUGGGAAUGUUCUCAAAUAGUUCAGAGAAUGUUAAGCAACAACGUUCUUCUGUGCGAAUUUCAGUACCGUACUUCAGCAUAACGUUUCCUUCAGGUUUCCUCAUGGUUCUAUUUAAAGUCAUGGUCUUAAAUUGUUGUGUAAUGUUCAGAGAAUGUUCUAAGAAUGUUAUUAAAGAUAUAUACAUUCCGUGUGUUGGCCGCGCCCACUAAUUGGCCACACCUGAUCUUAAUGAGUGCUUGUUUUCUUUGAAAUGGUUCGUUUGAAUAGACUGAAAUGAACAGCUUUGUAUGGGUUGAAAAAAAAGCAUCCUGGUGGUGCAGUGGACUAAUUCCAUGGAUAGAGAACAGAAGAUCAUAUGUUCGAACCUCAGUGACGCCGUGCCACAAUUAAGCAAUAAGGCCUAAGGGGUGUUGUAUAUGGCCAAUAUACCACUGCUAAGGGCUGUUCUAAGACAAGACGCAACAUACAGCCCUUAGGCGUUGUAUAUUGGAAAUGUACCACAAACCCCCAAGGUGCCUUAUUGCUAUUAUAAACUGGUUACCAACGUCAUUAGAGCAGUAAAAAUAAAUGUUUUGUCAUACCUGUGGUAUAAGGUCUGAUAUACCAUGGUUGUCAGUCAAUCAGCAUUUAGAGCUCGAACCACUCAGUUUAUUAAAAAAAAAAGUGUUUGCAUGAUUAAUGCCUAAGCAAAUGAAUUUCCAUGUGUCCUAUCUGUGCUUGGAGUUCAAAACAGUUAACCCAAAAUAAGCUAGCAGAAAACUUUCAGGGAAUCAUAGUAAAACGGUUUCAGAACCUCCCUGCAACCAAAAAAUGUACAUUCCCAGAACAUGCAUCAUUUUCACUUCCGUUCUCAAAACUAAAAAAAAUAUAUAUAUUUUACCGGUCAGAAAACGUAUGGUUUCGUUCCCUGAACCAAUGGAUAACCAAAAAUGUAUGUUCCCCACAACUUCCAAAGAACCAAAUGUGCUAGCUGGGGUGGCUCAUGCAAUGGAAUGUAUUUUUUAUAAUGUCAGUUGAAUCAACAAAUCACAGCACAUAUUGAUGGGUACACGUCCAGUUUUUACUUCCUGCUUUGCUCCUAUGGGUACACUCGCAAUGGCCGCCAGUCCACCCAUUAUGGCGUCAUUGACUUGAAUGGGGACGCCCGUUCUAUUCAUUAUAUUUUUAUGGCAGCGGAAGAAAGGAGAAAAUGUGCAUCUAAUGGUUAUUACUUCCAUAGUGGCGUUUGAGUAAUAGGAGCGGUGCUAGGGUGAGAGGGAUGGUGGAGAGGUCUCCAUGGGACUCUGCAGUGGCAGUGCAGUGCAGUGGUGGGGUUCUCCUCUCCACUGAUGAAAAGUUGGCUUUUGCAGCAACCUGCUUUGGUCUGCAUCAGCAAAUUACUGACCUUGGGCGUGUUGUGGACACAGACACACACGUGCACACAUGCAUACAUGCAUGUACUGCGCACACACUUUUUCACAUACAUUCUCUCUUUCUCCCCCUCUCUCUCUCUCGCUCUCAUCUUCAGUCCAUUUCUCCAUCCAUCUCUCACCACAUGGCCUCACAUCAACAUUGAACUGUAUUUACGACAUCAUCUAAACCCAUUUCAGUACAGCGGUAUUGAGCUGUAUUGAUCUACAGUCUUGUAAAGAUAGGGGGGUGACUGGGACAGGCAAUGUAACAUCCAUAACGUUUUUUAUUAAACGUUUUUGUAAAACAUGCACCUUACAUCAGAUCAUCUUGAAACUUUCUCUGUAAAGCUAACUUUCAUCAAGGUUCUGUAAUUGGUUUCUCUCUUUUCAUUGUCAGCAUUAUGAUAUCCGUAACAUCCAUAACGGAUGCAUUCACCACAUUUUGUGUGCUUGUUUUGAGGUGUAUUCUUCAGACCUUUACUGAUGCAAUUGUUGAUUUCUUGAAAAUUAGGCGCUCUAGCUAAGAUUCUCUUGGAAAAUAUAUGCUGAAAUGCUUAUGUCAUAUAUGGCAGUACUACACUGAACAAAAAUAUAAAUGCAACAUGUAAAGUGUUCGUCCCAUGUUUCAUGAGUUGAAAUAAAAGAUCACAGAAAUGUUCCAUAUGCACAAAAAGCUUAUUUCUCUCAAAUGUUGUGCACAAAUUUGUUUACUUCCCUGUUAGUGAGCAUUUCUCCUUUGCCAAGAUAAUCCAUCCACCUGACAGGUGUGGCAUAUCAAGAAUCUGAUUAAACAGCAUGAUCAUUAUACAGGUGCACCUUGUGCUGGGGACAAUAAAAGGCCACUCUAAAAUGUGCAGUUUUGUCACACAACACAAUGCCACAUAUGUCUCAAGUUUUGAAGGAGCUUGUGAUUGGUAUGCUGACUGCAGUAAUGUCCACCAGAGCUGUUUCCAGAUAAUAUAAUGUUCAAUACUCUACCAUAAGCCGCCUCCAAUGUCAUUUUAGAGAAUUUGGCUGUACGUCCAACCAGCCUCACAACCGCAGACCACGUGUGGGUGAGCGGUUUGCUGAUGUCAACGUUGUGAACAGAGUGCCCCAUGGUGGCGGUGGGGUUAUGGUAUGGGCAGGCAUAAACUACAGACAAUGAAAACAAUAACAUUUUAUCAAUGGCAAUUUGAAUACACAGAGAUACCGUGACGAGAUCCUGAGGCCCAUUGUCGUGCCAUUCAUCCGCCGCGAUCACCUCAUGUUUCAGCAUGAAAAUACAUGGCCUCGUCGCAAUAUUAGGAAGGUGUUCCUAAUGUUUGGUAUACUCGGUGUAUAUAUAAAGAUAAAGUAUCUAUUAGGGUGUGGUGCCUGGCUGUGUAUACUAUUCAGCCUACCUGGGAUGAUGCAAUCCUAAAGUACUAUGCCUUCUGCUGACAUUUUAAAAGCAUUCCAAAUGACAACAAAUGUGUUAUGAUAGAUUUUCAUCAAGACAUCUUUAUGAUUUAAAUGUCUAUUUCAGACUCUGUAGCAUCCAUAACGGAGGGUUUUGCUCUCUAAAGUAAUAAUGGAAAUUACAAUCUUUUCAAAUUGAUAGUUUUUGUGUUCAGCCUUUUCUUCAAAAUGGCUAUCCAUGUUUAGACGUAAGAAUGACAUCUCACAGACUUUUGCUAAUAUGUUCAGUCUACCCAAAAAGCUUGUCAAUUUCAUGUAAAAUCCAGAACGCUUUUUAUUUGCUUUAUUUCUACAAUAUGCCAAUAUAUUUUUUGGGGAGUAUCCACUCCCCCCAAGGGGUACUAUAGACACACACAUCAAAAGUUUCAUUUCUAUUUUGUUUGUCCAUUCUGUGAGACAAAGUUUGAGUGCAAAUGUGAUUUUGCAAAUGUAACAUCCAUAACGCUGGAAUCGCCCAUUAAUAAUAUUAUUACAAUAUUAUUCAAUUGGGAUACUCAGAAUAACAUUGCUAGCACAUUGUCAUAGUGAUAUUUCUGUCAUUGUCAGAUAUGACUGUUUAUGUGAAUAAGGUCUAUGGAGUGUUAACUUUUAGUAUUUUCCCCCAGUUGGGGCGGUGAGGCGGUCACCUCCCUGGCACUCAAUGCAAUCUAUCAGUGGGCUGUGGACAGAUCUAUUGGACAGAGAAGUGUCAUGACUUGCCCUCUUGGGCUGAGGAUCAAAGAUUCCUGCUAGGCAAAGGUUUUGAACACCCCCUUUCCUGGGGGCCAGUAUUAUGACCAUUCGUAAAUUCCUUGCAGAGACUUUCUCUUCCUUGCCAUGAAGUAUUGGGAGAAAGGACCCCUUUGUUAACAAAGGAAGUCUUCCUGCCAAAACUCCAACAUCCAAAAGUGGGUAAUGAAACAACAUUCCCACUUAAAAGUAUGUGGGAAAUGGUUGGUGGGGACUUAAAGAACAAUCAUGUCAAUUUCGUUACUAUGUUGUGAUGUCAUUAAAGACUGUGGGAUAACAUAACUGUAUCUCUGGGGGGGUACACUUCCCAGUUAUGAGGUUUGCAUCUAUUUGUUGUAUAAAAUGAAUGAUUAAGUAUGAUAAUACUUUUGUGAAGAUAACAAUGUGAUUUUGGCAUUCUAGAUGAGAUUAUUGUUUUCCAUAUUGAUUUGUUCUCAGUCAGUGGCCACGCCCAGAUGAGCACAAAAAUGAUGGAACGCCCCUUUUUACCCCGAGUGUAUAAAAAGCGUUGUGACGAAAUUCACCUCAGACCAGCAGACGUGAAGCGUGAGCCAAACGUUGCAAAUGGUUGAAUUUCUACCAGACCAGUAAGCCCCAUGGCUUUAAAUGGUUGACACUCUACAAGACCAAGAAGCGUGAAGCUGAAGCUACACGUUACAAAAUGGUUAGACUAGAAAGACCAGAAAACGUGAGACGUUAGUCCACACGUUUGAAAUUGAGAAACUCUGAAACUCUCAACCUCUACACGAGGUGACGAAAAGGACAAUGCACUAGACCUUAUCACCUCAGUCUGCAGCUGGCAUGUAUAGUCGUCUAGAGAACUUUCACUAAAGACACAAAGUGGGAAGGACAAUCCCUUUCCAAAGUAACUACGAUAGUCUCUCCAUUCCACUCUGACCCUCCUUCAUUCAUGCUAAUGUUAGUCCAGUUCACUAGGGACCUGUUUUCAUUGUAUUAUGUUAGUAAUCAAUAACCUGUGUGUGUGUGUGUGUGUGUGUGUGUGUGUGUGUGUGUGUGUGUGUGUGUGUGUGUGUGUGUGUGUGUUUGUAUUGUGUUAGUAUUUAGUUAGUUAAUAAAUAAUUAAGCCAAUUUGUGUAUUGCUGAUUCAUCAAUAAGGUUAGGGUUUUUGCAGGUUCAAGGAUUAUGCGACGUUCAGAAUGAGACUGAUAAGAGGUCAUUAUUUAAUACGUGACUGUUAUUGAUUAUAUAUAACAUAUCUUCUAAGAGUUUAAUUCGGGAGAUUGUAACUCGUUAAACAACUUCUUCCGUGGUGCCCCAAAUUCCGAAUGAGUUAAUUGUUACAUGAUUAAUUUAAUCAAGUGACAAUUAAACAUAGUUAGGUGGUUCGAUAAAUAACAGUCAUACAUUUAAAGUAAGUCACGUCACGACAGAAGCCAAUGUUGACAUCACUGUUGCCCUACAAUCAGACAUCGGUCCAUUGCCUGCUUUCAUUAUCACACCCCACAGGAGAGAGGGAUGGAGGGAGCGAAGGGGAGGGGGUAAGACACUAGAGACAGAGAGCGGGGAGAAGAGGGAGGCAGAGGGAGAGGGAGGGGGAGGAUUGGGGGAGAAAGAGAGGGAGAGGGAUGCUAGGAGAUGGAGCAGGAUGUCAGAAGCACGGCACCAGGGAUCUGUUUGCACAUUGUUGGUGGGGAAAAUCCCUACAGACACACACACACACAAACACACCGGCUGAAAAUAACAAUUGCCUCACACCUGGAGGGUGAGAAACCACACGUCCCACCCGAAGGGAGAGGUAGAUAAUAAUACACACGUCACACUUAUCAGUGUCCACAUAGACUCGGGUGUGUCUGAAAGGCACCCUGUCCCCUAUAUAGUGCACUAAGGCAGACGAGAGCUCUAUGGGGCCUGGUCAAAAGUAGUGCACUAUAUAGGGAAUAGGGUGCCAUUUCGGACGCAGCCUCAAAGAUAUCCCACCACAUCAUUCCUGCAGUCUCCCACCUAUCACUAUUGACUGCAGAUCAUUAUUGGGAUCCUCUAAGGAAUUUUUGUAGUCUGCAUGUCGAUACUCAGGUCUUCUCUGCUUUAGCCCACUCCUGUAUUUGCCUGGAUUCCAGGACCCAAAUUAAGAAAGCUACAGUAUUUUCUAGUUAAUAGUUAGCAAUAUGGCUUAAUGGUCUGCUCUUCAACCAUGCAACCGUUAUGUUAUCACAGCUAAAGCAGAACCAGUCUGGUACCUUGGGUUAGUUUUAGUGCUGUCUGUCUGUGUGUUCUAGGUCUGGGGUAGUUGUAGCCCUAUGUGGGGUAGUUUUAGUGCUGUCUGUGUGUUGUUGGUUUUUCUGUGUCUGGUGUGAAAGGGUUGUUCCGGUGGGGCUCAGGUUAGCACGGCUUGUAGAUCAUCUUGUGUCGCCACAUAAAUCACCACAACACCUCUCAGAUCUGAGACACCUGAGACAGACUAAUGAGGGUCUGGGUGCUCUCUCUCCUCUCUCGCUCUCUUUCCCUCUGUCUGUCUCUGUCUCUAUCCUUUCUUACUCUCUCAACCUCAUUCUGCUCACUCACUGGAACUCUAUCUCCUCUCUCUCUUCUCUCUCUCUUCUCUCACUCCGUCUCUCUCUUUCUCUCGCCCUCUUUCUUUCCCCCUCCCCCUCUCUCCUGUCUGUCAGUAGAGGCAUGUUUUGUGUGUGUGUGUGUGUGUGUGUGUGUGUGUGUGAUGGAUAGAAGUGGAGUGUUCCGCAGAGCCUCAUCUAAAUUCCCAUCGAUUAGGAGCCGUAAUUAAAGAGUCCCGGCCAUGCCUGGCCUGGCAACUCACUCUAUCCAUCUGUCUUCUCUCUUUCUUUCUCCCUCCCUUUCUCUCUUAUUUUCCCUCUCUCUUUUUCUCUCCGUCUAUCCAUAUUUCUCUCUCUUUUUUCUCCUUCUCUCACAGUCUCUCUCUGUCUUCAUCUUCUCAUUUUUAUCAUUCCCCCUUUCGCACUGACGAACCUCACGUUUUUGGGGGUCCCUAGGCCUCAUGUAACCUUUCUAACCCUCUCUCCCUCACUCCCGUUCCCUCUCCCCUGCCUCCCCCUGCUUCCCUCUCUCUCCUUCUCUCUCACUCUCCCUCCUUCUCUUCUCUCUGUGUAGGAGCUCUCUGAGGACCCUCACCUGUUUGUGGAUGGGAUCAGUGCGCACGACCUGCACCAGGGCCAGCUGGGAAACUGCUGGUUUGUGGCGGCGUGCUCCAGCCUGGCCUCCAGAGAGUCCCUGUGGUCUAAAGUAAGUGUGUCUGUGGGUGGGGAGGGGUGUGCGUGA